AGCAGUGUUCAAACUCUUCAAAUCGAAGCAUCAACUGUUUACACUUCAAUGUACCAGGGCCAACUAACCAGAGUGUAUGCUUCAUCUCGAUACAAAUUGUUUUCACUCCUGAAAAUGGUUAUCAACAUAUUAAAAAUAAAUGAUAAACUAUUGGAAUGUUUAAGUUAUUAGAGUUAAACCAUCAAAAGCCUCUACCUGAUAGACUGAUAGAUUCAGAUAUGAUCAUGAUUAGUGGAACGAAUGACACGCAAUCAUGGUUAUUCCGUAGAGCAUUGUGCGUAGUCAUAUGUACAUGUUUUGGAUUGUUCCUCUGGACACACAACAAUCAUUUACCAUCGCCCAUCGUAGAGGGACACAAUAAAUGGUUUCCGUGGCAUACGUUCACCCCAAAUCCUGAGGAAUCUCAUCUAGCUAAAGAAGUGUUCGAUUUGAUAAAUUCAACAAUGAACCCGACAAAUUGCACAUCAGCAAAGUAUCUAUUAUGCGAAUGGACAUGGCAUGCUACAUGGGGAAUGGGGAGCCUUAUCCAUCAAAUAACAGCAUGUCUCUCUGCAGCGGUGGCCACAAACAGGGUCCUCCAGAUAAAUUCAACAAACGUCUCACCAGAUUCUUGGGGGAACGCUCUACUAUCCCCAAGUGAUACCUGUGCUAAUCACCCCUUGAAAGAUGUUCAAAAUUGGACAGCUGUGAAAAAUCCAGAAGCAAGUUUGGUAAAUACUUUGAAAAUAAAUGUACCCCAUGGGAAGCUCAAGGAAUGGUCACCUCACGAAGCACUCCACCCGUAUAAAGUCCCUUCUAGGUUUGCAAGUAUUGCUUUAGAGCACCAACUACCAGAACUUUGGAUGGUUGCUCAAUAUAUACGAUACCUCAUACAACCAACAGAGGUACUAAAACAGCACAUCUCGGAUGUUGUAACAAAAAUUGGCUUUCGAAGACCUAUAAUUGGCGUUCAUGUUAGACGAGGUGAUAAAGUUGCACCUGGUCCACUUAAAGAGGCUGAUCUUACCCCACUUACCAAAUAUAUGAAUGAGAUAGACAAGUUUGUCUUACAAACACAAACUAAUAAAACAAGAUAUGCAAUAUUUGUAGCAACGGAUGACGUACAUGUUUUAAAUGAAGCUCGUAAUACUUAUGAACAAUAUACCUUUAUAAGGUACGAUUCAAAUCAGACAAUACGAACUAACUUCUUGCCUAUUCUAACAGAUAUACUAUUAUUAGCAGAAACCGAUUAUUUUGUUGGAACAUUUACUUCAAACAUAGGGCUUUUGGUCCAUGAACUACGACAACAACGAUAUAAAGAUGGAAGCUGUAUGGCCAAAUCAACAGAUUUUCCCCUAUACCACUAUUUUAUGUGUUGUUAUUUUGGCUAUUUCAGAGCAACUAAAUCACCGAAUUGUCCAUCUGAGGUCUUAAAGGAACAAAAUCGGAUAGCAUCACCUAUAUUGUGAUGAACAUAUAAUUGAAGUUCAGUGGUAUUUGUUUACAACCAGAUAAAACAUCAAUUUAUUAAUUUAUAGCCAAUGAAUAAAUGAAUACAACGAAUGACUUGCACCGUUGUCAUUUUCACUUGAUGAAUUAUUCCACCAUGAGUAGUGAUAAAACGCAAUCUUAAAGAACUACCAAAUAUUGUCUGAAAAGCAGCUUUCUCAACCGGUAGGUUUGCGUAUUUUGCUAUCCCAUUUCAUAGUACCUGUUGCAAAGGUAAUUAUAGAGUCUCUGUUACUAUAACAACUUGAUUUUUGAAGGAUACACACCCAGUGGUAGUGGUUGGUAGAAUCUAUAUUUUCACUUGGAUGUGUACAAUUAAAACAGUUCAAACGUUUGCACAAGUUUCAUCGGGGAAAGAACCACCCUAUAAACUAUCAUAUCAGUUCAAACAUGAACUUCAAAUGAAUUAGAAGUCCAUGGUUCAAAUUCGAACAUCGUGCCGUGGGUCUGGGUCUCUAGGGUGAUGCUACAGUUUUAAGAUCUAUGAAAAUAUGUAGUGGUGGAGCUGCCGGGUCAUUAUUUAAAUUUUUGAAUAUAGGUUUCAGUCCAUAAUACAUAAUUCUACAAGACCCGCUAACUAGAAAAUCACUGCAGUAUAUGCUAAAAUGUAAUCGUGGUCAAUAGUCCACAGCAGGACGAAACUAACUAAAGUUAGUAUUAUCCAAAAUGGUGGACAAAAUUCGUUUGAAAAUUCGAUUUCAGCUAAACCAAGUAAAAUAUGUUUUCAAAUAUUUUCCCACGUUGUUUGCUCAAUAGACCUUGGAAAAUCUAAAAUUGAUAAAUAUCACAUUUAUACCUCUUCGGAAUUACAUAUCUUCACUUCGAAAUAUCUUCACUCAGUUUAUACGCCCAGUGAUUAAAAGGAAAUAAAUGGCAUUAAUAUGCGACAUAUUUCAACUGUCAAUUUAUGACCCUUUCUAAAGAUGUCAAAGAGCGAGUGUAUGCCUGAGUUGUACGUGUAAGGGCAUAUGUUACAAGUCACUAAUGAGGUGCAUACGACGGUACCUGAUCAUUAGCGCCCGUUCCAAAGAUUACUUGAGCCUCUCGCGGCUUGCUUAUUUGAUUAAAACAGAGCAGGAUAGAAUAGAUGAUGUAAUUGUUCGAUUCAUGAGUGUGUUUAUUUAAAAGGCACAACUUCAAUUUUCCACUCCCCCAAUUAAUCAUACAUUAUUUUUUCACGUUUUAAAUGUUAUAUCAUUAUAUCUGUGUUAUGGAUUGAAUAAAAAAUUUCACACACUUUAUUAAUACAAGUACAUAUGCAAGUAUUGCAUUGGUAUGUGUGCAUUCAUUAAAACAAUGUACGAUAACAUAACAUAAGCCACGCCAUGCCAUUCCUCAUGCAAAUACCUCACAUGAUCAAUUUAUGAAUACGUGAUACGUCGCCAGGUUGCAGUACAGGAAUGUAGGGGUCCUAUCCCAAACAGCUGUGGGCAUGGCUUGUCCUGCUAACAUAGCAUAUAUAAACCCUCUAGUCAUUCAAUUGCUUAAUUGGUCUUAAUUAAACCAUAGGAUCGUCAGAUUUGUUUUAUUACAGGAUCAGUUGUCAAAAGGUAAGUGCAUGUUUUAAUUUAAUUGUCUUAACUCUUAACGUAGUUUUUUGUUUUAUAAGGAAAUUGCGAAUGCAAAGAAAUAUGACACUCUGGACCUGAUAUCAUUGUUACCAUAAUUAUUUCUAUUUCGUAAAAUGUAAUACAGGAAUGCAGAAGCCUAAAGGGCAUAAAUCCAGUGUUGGCCUAAAUAAAUUCUCAAUGCUUGGAAUAACGGAGUCGUUUUAUCAAUAUUUCAAGAUUACUGAAGAUACUUAGGGAUUAUAUAUAGAAGAAAGAAGUGCAAUGACCAAACAUCUAAAAAAGCCAGAUCUUUAUAAAAGUUUUGAACACCAAGGGAUCCUGUAACAAGCGAAGUUGCUGUGUUUAAUUUUACGAAAUGAUUUGAACACCCAAUUGAACUUUUUAAUUUUGAAUGGCUAAUAGACAAUUAUUAUUCUGAGGAUAGCUUAACGCCUUUUAUUGUUUCAGUCGCAAUGCAGAUAAUUUUCCUAACAGCCGUGGUUGCCAUGGCAACGGCUGCCCCUGAUGGUCAUGGUUAUCAGACUCAGAACUCAUACAAGCCCGUCCAGACUGUUUACAAACACCCCGAACCAGUCUAC